UGGACCCUUUCUUUGAGCAUCGAGGUUCAUCGAUCUGUGCGAAUACAUUUCAUCUCAAAUCUUACGGAGCUUAACGAUGGUCCUUUGCGCUUACUGUAUUGGGCUUGUGGUGAGGUGCACGGUCAAGCAAGCGCUCAUGCGUCCGUGCAGCCCGCACUGCUGAGAUGUUUUGGAAAGCUAUGAGAGGUUACGGGGAGAAAGGGUCAAUUGCAGCAAUGAGAACGAAGUGCUCACGCAAUCCUGAGAGCUGCCAGAAGGACACUGUUGGGAAUUGACGGGUUUGAGCACCAAAGCUGUACGUAGAAACACUGUUGAACAUUGAGGACUGUUCCCCAAUGGAAUGCAGAAAAGACUGCGGAACUGCCGCAGUGAAUGGAGUUGGUUUGGUUCGUUUGUUAACGGAUGAUACAAACUGUAUUUCUCCAGAAGAGAUAACAAAACCAGUGAGCCAAUUCCUGACGGAAGUGUUGUUUGUUUGGAAAUGACAGAAGUGUUUUCCCUCAGCCGAAGGUGAUGUAAUCACAAUCGAGGCACGCGCUCACAAUAUAGUGUUUUGAUUUUGUUGAGCAGUUAUCUAGCGUCGUAAUCGCUGUCCAUGGUCCUGAUCCGCGCGGGAUGGUCGAGACGCUGAGCAUCGCCGUCAUCGGUGCGCCUGGAGUCGGGAAAACUUCUAUCAUCCGUCAGUUUAUUUACAAUGACUUCCCUGAGACUUACACCCCCACCCAAACGCGGUACGUGUACAGACCCUCGGUCAUUCUCAACGGUGUUAUGUACGACCUGAAGAUUUUGGAUGUCCCGCCAGUUUCCUCCUUUCCUUCAAGCCCGAGUCAGGAGUGGCUGGAUGCACGGUGUAGAGGAGUCCGCAGUGCAAACGCCUACAUUCUGGUCUAUGACAUCUGCUGUGUGGAGAGCUUUGAGUAUGUCAAGAUGAUCCGACAGCAAAUCAUGGAAAACAGAGUGGGCAGCAGCAGUGAGGUGCCCAUCCUGGUGGUGGGCAGUAAGAGGGACCUGCAGCGGCAACGGUUCACCCAGCGGAGGGCUGUGUCUGUACUGGUGAAGAAGACCUGGAAGUGUGGUUAUGUUGAGUGCUCCGCCAAAUAUAACUGGCAUGUACUUCUGCUCUUUAAGGAGCUCCUGGGAAUUGCUGUGACACGAGGACUCCGUCCAAACCACACCUCUAUUCGUCUACAGGGGGCACUGCACAGGAACCACUGUAAUGUCAUGUGACUGAUAGAUACAGUAUGUUGCCUUGACUAAGAAACCAUUUGCCCCUCGUAGUGGGAGUUGACUGCUUAUGCUUAUUUAGAACCAGCUCGUCUGAUCAUUUUCUGAACUAUUUGGUUUAAAAUGGCAAAACUGGUCUUAGAUCAGGAUUUAAAGUCAACUUACUACUAGGAUGAAGCUUUGGUGAAUAAGGACAAACUGUCAAUCAAAAUGGCUGGAAUACAAACACCUUGGGGCCUCUGUAACUGAUGCAUAAAUCUGAUGGAUUAGUACUACUGAUUUCACUUUUUCCAGCUUACUCCAACCAACAGAAAACUGAAAUCCCCAAAUUGGAACCAGAUAAGGAAUCUUUCAUCUUACCAAAGUUUGUCAGGGUGAAAGUAUGAUGUUACUGGCUUAUCUGUCUCAAGUAGAGUGUAAUUCGUCCCUGCUUCCAGCUCUGUCUCAUUUUUAAAUAGACACUGUGUGGGUGCAGGUGCAUUUUUAACUGUUGCUUGGAAACAGCUUGGCAGGUUCACUUAGAGCUCAGACAUAAUGGUGUGUGAAAGUUUGUGAAUUAAUAGACCUUAUUCAGAGAAGCGACAUAUACAAUUUUUGAUGGGAAUGAAAGUGAGGCUGUGAGGGAUAGACUUACGGUCUGUUCAAUGGCAUGCACUGUAUAUAGCUGCAUGAAGUUCCUAGAUCACAUCAAAUUUCGAGUUUUUUGCCUUCUAAAAUUUUUGGUCUUUUUUUUUUUUUUUUUUUCAAUAUUUCAUCAGCUGAACGAUAAACACCAAUUUAAACAAUAGUACAUCCAUUCCAAAACACUGAAAAUUGAUCUCUCACACACAGCCUUGUUUUUAUUCUCAUCAAAAAUGAAUAAAUUAUCUAUAGUGUUGCUCAAAUUUGACUUUUGAUAUAUGAUCUGAUCUUCUCCUAUGUUAAAGUAAUAAAUAAAGAGUAUGUGAUCAAAGAAAUAACAGCAAAAAAUGUAACAUGUUUAUAAACUUUAUCUCUAUCAAUAAGUAGCCUGUGUGAAACUUUAGACUUAUCAUGAACAGACAUUUGACCAUUUUCCCACUCCAUUUGACCAUCUAUGACAAGCUAUCCAUGGACCAUACAUGAAUCCUAUGGUCACAUCCACAAUAAUCUGCUAAAUUUUGAAAACUCAGUUUUCAGUUUUUCGAAAGCCUCCAUUUUUGGUGGAGACAAAAUACUGUUCUCGUGUGGAUAAGAGGAGUAAAUGUAGCAAACUCAACAAGUUUUCAAAUGAAAAUGUAUUAGUGCGGACUAUGACCCAUUGAGGCUUAAAGGUGCACUCAGUAUUUUUUUCCUUAAGUUUCCUUAAAAGUUUAAAUCCUAAAGACAUGAAUUGUAAUUAUAAAUUUUUUUUUAGAUGAUAAUUUAGAUGACAAAACUUUGUCUUCAUCCACAAUAUAUUCUUCCAGUAGCUACCCUUAAAAAAUAAGCAGCAGCAUUUUGUCUAAUGAGCUGUGGAUUAGGUGUCUUUCCACGCAUACCACUCUUGUUUUGCAUUUUGUCCUGUGGUGUAUUCAUGAACAAGGCGAUGUAAGAGAUGCUCAACAGUGGGUUUGUAGAGGCCCAGUCAAUAACAUAACACUUUCUAGCCUUAUGAACCCACCGAAAGCAUUUCACUUCAUAAACCUGUGCUGUUGAGCAUAUAUGCCAAGAUAGCAGCAACAUUCUCCUUCUAAAACUACAUUAUACUUUCUUCACCAGAUGCCCUGAGAAAUCAAGUACAGUAACCAUGGCAAACAUCCUACCUCCUAGAUAUAGAUAGGUGCAUUUAUGAAAUGAGGCACAAAAAAAAGUCUUCCUCAGGCAGGUUAACAAGGUGUACAGAUUUCAGCAAGCAUGUACAAUCACUGGUACUCUAGAAGUUGUGAGAAGUAAUGAUAAAGCUAAGAGAUCUUCUGGGGCUUCCCUAAAACUGGGAAGACAUUUUGUGUUGAAACAAGACCACACACACACAAGAUGCAGAGGAGGAUAUCUCCUUUACCGUAGUGGACUGCAGUCUGUGUGGUAGUGGAUGACAGAGCAAUCAACUUGUUCCUCUCUGGAGCAUAUCUGAGAAAUGAAGAAUACAUAAAAUCUUAAGUGAAGUUCAGUGUCUACAAUGAGAUCUGGGUUGAUCUGGCAAAUUGAUGGUUGCACUACGUUAACUUUGUCAUCACUUUGUCAUUACAAAAACUGCACUUGUCAAUUUGCAUGCCGCAUUAAGAAGCCAUGCGCACCCAGAAUGAUUUCCUAUGGCAGAAAAUGGUAAAAGACAUAAUAUUCAUAUUCCAGACAGAGUGUGCACAGAAUAAUCUCCAUCUUGUCUCACAAAUGCAACUCUGAGAUUCAUCUAUGCACUUGUACAUGUCUCUCACAUUACUCAAAAGAGUUGAAAAUCUGUCAGCAGAUCCUUAAAGAAGUUAGUAACUUAGGUCAUCUUUAAAACAUCUUUUUUAGCCAUAAAAAUAUUCAAUAGAACUAAAUUGUGUCUUCUGUCUUAUAGAGCUGCAUGCUUUAAUUGGCAAAAGCAAAGUCAUUCAGGGGUAAAUUGCACUGAUGUACCUACUGUGUGAGUACAAGCUGAUCUUUGUAAUAGUACUUGAGCCUCAUUUUUGUCUUUUUGUUUAAUGUUAAUGUGAAAUUAGCAUACUUAGCCAAGUAAUUUAACUGAAAAGGGUGGAGAAGGAGGCAGGCUAGUAUCAUGAAAUUUCAAACAGCACAGACGGAGUCAAACAUUUGCAUGUCACAGUGUUAAGUGCUUAAGAUGUGGACUGAGGACUAGACAACAUGUAGCAAUGUCAUGUUCGUGUAAAUUUGGAAUGUGUUCUGUGGUAGUAAUGUUAAAGGUUUUAGACUGAAAAUUCAGACAAGUGCAGAAUAUGGAUUCUUUUUUUGGGUAGAAUUGUCUGGAUUGUUUUUGUGUAUCGAUAUGUUUUAGAUUUAAAAGGGCUACCUGAUUUUUCUAAAAUUGAAACAAAUUAUUGUUUUUCUUUUUAGUAGUCGUAAUGUUUCAUUAAUG